AUGGAAUCCUCACUUCGCGAACAAGUACGUGAACACAUUACAGAAUAUUCAGAGCUCGUAAAAAACUAUUUCACAGCACUAUCAUCAGUGGCAGAGAACAAUGUCGUGGAUACUGUAAAUGGACCAGACCAGAUUAUUAAAAAAAUGGCACUUGUUGAUGAUAAACUGCAAAAAGCGGUUGAACACAUCGAGAGCCACCAAAUUCGCCAGCAGCAGAUCAUUCAAGUUCAAGAUGAAAUAUACCAACACAAUGUCGCUUUGCUAGAAAUCAUACAGAAAUUGGGAACAGUGCGCGAGGAGCUGGACCUCUCGCUGACGCAAGCCAAAGUCGAGCUCAAAGCCAUCAAGUAUGCCAACGAAUCCAAUAUCCAAUUUACAGACGUCUUGUCGUACGCAUCAAAACUAUCGAAAUAUACCUCUGCACCACCCAAUUUCGAUAGCGUUAAUAAGGAUGUCAAGGUAGAUUUUGAAAAGCCAUACCCGGAUGAAGAGAGAAUGCGUCGCGGUUUGUUAUACUGGCAAAAUGCACCACAGCAAAGAUUGGAGGACAAAUUCGAGAGCUCGGAUGAUGGGAUGUCAGGAAACGAGGAAAUGGAAGAGAUCAACACAAACAAACAAGCAGAGGACACAGGUGGAGAUCCAUUUUGGAUUCUAGAUUUGAAUCCGGAUAUGCAAUCAUAG